AAAGGGGAACCGCCAACUCUACGACAAAUCUUCGCUCGUGUUCUCCUAAACCGUCUCAACAACCACCGGGAACAAGGACUACUGUCCGAAAGCCAGUGUGGAUUUCGUCGUCAUCGUGGCACUACCGACACUACGUUCGUCGCACGACAGCUGCAGGAGAAGUUCCAGGAGAUGCGCACUCACCUCUACACCACUUUCGUGCAUCUAACGAAAGCGUUCGGCACGGUGAAUCGUGCUGGACUUUGGAAAGUCAUGCAAAAGUUUGGCUGUUCUGAGCACAUCACCCACAUGGUACAUCAGCUCCAUGACGCAAUGGUGGCGUGCGUCACGGACGACGGAAUGGUCUCUGAAGCCUUUGCAGUGACCAGUGGAAUGAAGCAGGGCUGUGUCUUUGCGCCUACCCUCCUCAGUCUCAUGUUCUCUGCCAUGCUAAUGGAUGCCUACCGUGACGAGCGCUCCGGGAUCCGCAUCAGCUGCAGAACGGACGGGCGCCUCUUCAACAUCCGAUAUAUGUAA